UCGAGGAGCAGCCGGGGAAGCCUCGGGGAGGCGCUGAGCCGCUGCGGGGAUGAAGGACCGGCUGGCCGACCUGGCAGAGUGUAAAGGAAACGAAGAUGGCGAGACAGUUAUUGUUGAAAAAGACCAUUUUAUGGAUGACUUUUUCCAACAGGUUGAGGAACUUAGAAAUAAUAUAGCAAAAAUAGCACAAAAUGUGGAAGAAGUGAAGAAGCAGCACAGCAUUAUCCUGUCAGCACCAAAUCCUGAAGGAAGAACAAAGGAAGAACUUGAAGAAUUAAACGAGGAAAUAAAGAAGAUUGCUAAUAAAAUCCGAGCCAGGUUAAAGGCUAUUGAACAAAGUUUUGAUCAGGGCGAAAAUGCUAAUCGAACAUCAGUGGACCUCAGGAUAAGAAAAACACAGCACUCUGUAUUAGCUCACAAGUUUGUGGAGGUCAUGACGGAAUACAACGAGACCCAAACUCUUUUUCGAGAACGCAGCAAAGGUCGGAUACAGAGACAAUUAGAGAUAACUGGAAAGACCACCACUGAUGAGGAGCUGGAAGAAAUGUUAGAGAGUGGUAAUCCUUCCAUUUUCACUUCUGAUAUUAUAUCAGACUCUCAAAUAACUAGGCAAGCUCUGAAUGAAAUUGAGUCAAGACACAAGGAUAUUAUGAAACUGGAAUCUAGUAUACGAGAACUACAUGAAAUGUUUAUGGAUAUGGCAAUGUUUGUUGAGACUCAGGGUGAAAUGAUCAACAACAUAGAAAAGAACGUGAUGAAUGCAUCAGAUUAUGUGGAACAUGCAAAAGAAGAGACAAAAAAGGCAGUUAAAUAUCAAAGUAAAGCACGAAGGAAAAUGUGGAUAAUUAUCAUUGUGUCAUUGGUGUUGAUUGCCAUAAUUGAAAUUGAUGUUCAUAAUUAUAUGUGUAACUGUAUUGCUUCUGAUACUUGGAAUUAUCCUAGCAACAACACUAUCAUAGCAAGCACAUUCCAAGAGAUACGAACCUUCAGAAACUUCAAAAUACAUCUUCAGUAAAACCAAACCUUUGUUUAAUAAAUGAUGCCUUACACUGUUCCAUGAUGAUGACCUAUCACUAAUGGUUAAAAGUGAAAACAAAAUCACUCUUAAAGUUUACUCAUAAAUGAAGAUCAGAAUGUAUUAGGAUAUGUAUGGAUUUUCAUCAUAAACUAUACAUUUGUAUGACUGAAACUUACUUCAGUUAAAAAAAAUUAAGAGCAACUAAAGGUUUUUUUCAUAUGUCAGUGUUACAAACAGUUUAAAUAGGGAGUUGAGAGACUAUGUUUGGACUGUUUGGCUUUUUUUCCUAUUGCUAAUAUAAUUCUAAUCACUAAUUUUAGUACCUUACCAGUGCUGCUUUUUUUAGCACUCUUGUGAACAUUUUUUUGAGAUGUAGCCUUGUCUUUAAGUGUAUUAAUAUUUAGUCACUUUAACCUAUCUGAGCUUUAUACUUAAAAAUUUAUCUCAAACAAGUGCUAAAAUAUUUUAUCCUGAAAAGACUACUUAUUUAAUUGUCUGCCUAUUGCAUUACACUUGAGAAGGAAAAAAAAAGCUUUUUUACACUUUCCAGGUUUGUUUUUUUCUUUCAAUGUGACUGAGGUUAAUUGCUUUAAAUGCUUUCUUGCCUUUAUAAUAAAAAGUUAAUUGCAGCAUUUCUGGUAAAAGAAUGCAGCAAUGAAGCACACCGUAUUUGAACUUGAGCAGAUAAUUUUACAAAUAAUCCUUGUGCGAAGGAAGCUGAUGGAUCAGUUUAGACUUAUUGUUCAUAUGAAUAUGACAAAAAUCACACUCUUUCUCUGUAAAGCCAAGUCAAGAUUUCUUAUUCAGAAGCUUGCUAAUGAAUACAGCACAUAGGGAUAGACUCCCUCAGAAAAGUCUGAAACAUAAUACAAACUAAGACACUGAUUUGUUGUGAAAUUUGUCUUAUAUAACAUAUAUGAAGUGUUUUAGUAUAUACAUAUCUGUUGUAGUGCUAGCUUGCAAGACUUGAAGGCUUGAAAGACUCCAAAUGUAACCAAACAACUACAUUUAAUGUUACAGGUUAUUUUUGUAUUUUGUGUGUAAAAUAUUUGUAACUUGAAUUUCUGACUUCUUAUUGUUUAAGGAUAUCCAUGUAGAUAUGUAGAUAUAUUUACACUGUAAGAGAAUUAGAGGGAAGUAUAAUGUGUGCCUUUUUAAACACAGUCUAAAACUACAUUUGUCAAUAUUUCCACAAUAUUCAGCUAUAAUGUUAAUUGCAGUAACUCAGUCCUAAAAGGUUAGAAUCCUUAAACUUAUGUUUUGUUGAAAGUGUCUGAGAUCAAAGUUAGUCAGUAAACUAUAAUUCAGUCUGUUGACUUAAUGAAAUUCAGCAAAGUUUACAAUUUAUAUUGUAUGUAUGAAUAUUCCUGCUUUGCUGUCCAAAUAUGCUGUGAAUGUGCUGGAGCUAUUCAGAUGUCAAACAUGUUUAAAAAAGAAAAAAUAUUAUUAUUGGUCUUUUUGCAAGUCGGCCAUAAAGAAGUCACUUGAAAAAUUUCAGCUUUGUUAAUGAACAAAUUUCUUUACCUCUAAGUCCAGAACACUCACCGAUGUUUGUGAGGAAGUUUACAUGCAAAGUAAGGAAAGAUUGGUCGCCUUCGUACUUGUUCUAGGUAAAAUAUGUUUUUAUUCUAUAGUUUUCUAGAUUUUUAUCAGUAAAUAUUAUUUAUACAGAUACACAUAUCAGAUUGGGGGGAAAAAAAAAGUUCUGCUGUUUAACAGCUGGUUACCUAAAAUGACCCCCAAAAUCCUGUCAUUUGAGUUUUUUAUUUAUAAUGCAAUAAUUUUCCCAUCAAGACCAGAAAUUUGAAUAGGCCACUCCAUACUUUUUACUUGUUAUACAGCUGCUUCAAUGAGCUUGUUUUAAAACAAAACAAAACUUGUUUUUCACAUGAACCUCUUUGUUAUGUUGAUGUUGGAGGGGAGUAAAUCUCUAACCUAUACACUAAUAAAUUUAUCUAAGCAAG